CAAUAUUUAUCAAUUAUUUAGCUAUCAUUCCAAUCAUUAAUCUAUAUUUAAAGAUAAUAUUGACUUUUAAAUUUGAAAAUCACACAAAUGUGUGAAAUUGGUUCACAAAAAUUACAGACAAUUAGAUUCCAUGCAUUGAACUUUAGUAUCAAAGAUAAAGAUUUGAUUGACGAUAAUGUUUUGAUUGCAAUUUGCAAUCAUUUUUAUGGCACCACUUUUAGCACUAUUACUCUAUCGUUAAUCCUUAAAAUUGAAAGGAUUAGCAUAACAUUAAUUGAUAUAAAGUGGUCACUAAGUCUCACGUCAUUCACGAUUCACUUAAAGACAAACAAUUUACUCGACUAUAAAAAGAAAAUUUCAAUCCUUUUCACAUUCACUUGCAAUCAUCUAUUCAUUGGUUUCACUUAAAAGAUAUUUUUAUCAAAAUAAAAGUUUGUUAUAAAUGGCUGGUUAUUAUUACUCGUUUAGACCAAUUGUCAAACAAAAUCUGAAUCUUCGAAACAACAGAAAUCGUUUUUGUGGUUUCUGUAUGACUAAUGGAGAGCCGGCUCAGGUCUUCGAGAGUCAUUCGACCAAAGAUGUCAACGGAAAUACUGUCUGUCCUCAGCUAAUGAAACAUAUUUGCGAGCUAUGUAAUGCAACCGGAGAUAAGGCACACACUAAAUCUCAUUGUCCGAUUGCCAAAUAUGGCCGAUCAGAUCCGAUAUUCAAAAGCAUUUAUCAAGAGGUCUAUUUCCCCAACACUGUCAUCACUUUUGACAAUAUGGUUGCGCUGAAGAAGACGAGAGUCAACUCUGCCGGCAAACGAGUCCGAAGAUAUCACUAAUUAUA